AAUCUAAUAUUUUGUCUACAGAAACCAACAGGAGAGAUCAGAGUCAGAGAUUCUCAGUGGUCAGUCUUCCCAGAGUCAUCAAACAGACCUGGCCUCCAUAUUCAGUUUGCUUGAAGAGAAAAUGAUGACAUUUAUGAAGAACGAGCUGAGGAUGUUCAAGAGGAUUCUUAGUCCAGAACUCCCAGAAGGCUUUGAGAGUCAGAAGCAGGAUAAGGAAGUGGUGGACCCUGAAGAUGAGCAGCAGGAGAGCAGUGCCAGAGAGGGGGCUCUGAAGAUCACACUGCACAUCCUGAGGAAAAUGAACCAGAAGGAGCUUGCUGACACACUGGAGAAAUAUUCAGAUGAUCUUGCUGUGAUUUGCCAACGUGAACUCAAAUCUAAUCUGAAGAAGAAGUUUCAAUGUGUAUUUGAGGGGAUCGCUAAACAUGGAAACCCAACACUUCUCAAUAAGAUCUACACAGAGCUCUACAUCACAGAGGGUGGAACAGGAGAGGUCAAUAAUGAACACGAGCUGAGACAGAUUGAGACAACAACCAGGAAACAAGCAAGACCAGAGACUGCAAUCAAAUGUAACGACAUCUUCAAACCCUUAACUGGACAAGACAAACCUAUCAGAACUGUGCUGACAAAGGGAGUCGCUGGCAUUGGAAAAACAGUCUCUGUGCAGAAGUUCAUUCUGGACUGGGCUGAAGGAAAAGCAAAUCAGGAUGUCCAAUUUGUAUUUUCAUUCCCUUUUCGGGAGCUGAAUUUGAUGAAAGGUGAAAAUCUCACUUUCAUUGAACUUCUCAAUCACUUCUCAAUGGAAACCAAACAAUCAAGAAUCUCUAACUACAACAACUACAAAGUUCUGUUCAUCUUUGAUGGUCUGGAUGAGUGCCGACUGCCCCUAGACUUCCAGAAGAACAAGAUCUGUUGGGACGUCACAGAGUCAACCUCAGUGGAUGUUCUGCUGACAAAUCUCAUCAAGGGAAAUCUGCUUCCCUCUGCUCUCCUCUGGAUAACUACCCGACCUGCAGCAGCCAAUAAGAUCCCUUCAGGGUGUGUUGACCAGGUGACAGAGGUACGAGGGUUCAAUGACCCACAGAAGGAGGAGUACUUCAGGAAGAGAUUCAGUGAUGAGGACCUGGCCAGCAGAAUCAUCUCACACAUAAAGACAUCAAGGAGCCUCCACAUCAUGUGCCACAUUCCAGUCUUCUGUUGGAUUUCUGCAACAGUCCUUGAACACAUGCUGAAACAUAAGAGAGAAGAGAUGCCCAAGACUCUGACUGAGAUGUACACACACCUUGUGGAGUUUCAUACCAAACAGAAGAAUGAAAAGUAUCUUGGGAAAGAAGAGACAGGUCCACACUGGAAUAAAGAGAGCAUUCUGUCACUGGGAAAACUGGCUUUUCAACAGCUUGUGAAGGGCAAUCUGAUUUUCUAUGAAGAAGACCUGAAAGAGUCUGGCAUUGAUGUCAAUGAAGCCUCAGUGUACUCAGGAUUGUGCACACAGAUCUUUAAAGAGGAAUGUGGGCUGUACCAGGACACGGUGUACUGCUUUGUUCAUCUGAGCAUUCAGGAGUUUCUGGCUGCUGUAUAUGUGUUCCUCUCAUUCAUCAACAACAAUGAGAAUCUAAUGGACAAACUGCAAACAAAAGACGAGCCUGAAGUUACUUUCUACAAGAGUGCUGUGGAUAAAGCCUUACAAAGUGAGACGGGAAACCUGGACCUUUUCCUCCGCUUCCUUCUGGGCCUCUCACUGGAGUCCAAUCAGAAGUACUUACGAGGUCUACUGACAAAGACAAGAAGCAGCUCACAGAGCCAUGAAGAAACAGUCAAGUACAUCAAGGAGAAGAUCAGGGAGGAUCUCUCUCCAGAGAGGAGCAUCAAUCUGUUCCACUGUCUGAAUGAACUGAAUGACCAUUCUCUAGUGGAGGAGAUCCAAUUCUACCUGAGAUCAGGAAGUCUCUCAGAAGAUGAACUGUCACCUGCACAGUGGUCAGCUCUGGUCUUUGUGUUGCUGACUUCAGAAAAGGAGCUGGAUGUGUUUGACCUGAAGAAAUACUCCAGAUCAGAGGAAGGUCUUCUAAGGCUGCUGCCAGUGGUCAAAGCCUCCAGAGCUGUUCUGCUGUCAGGCUGUGGAGUCACAGAGGAAGGCUGUGCUUCACUGGUCUCAGCUCUGAGGUCAAACCCCUCACACCUGAGAGAGCUGGACCUGAGAAACAAUGACCUGAAGGAUUCAGGAGUGAAGCUGCUCUCUGCUGGACUGGGGAAUCCCCACUGUAAACUGGAGACUCUGAGACUCAGUGGCUGUAAACUCAGAAACACAUCCUGUAAAGUGUUGGCCUCAGUUAUCAGUUCAAACCCCUCACACCUGAGAGAGCUGGAUCUGAGUAACAACGACCUGAAGGAUUCAGGAGUGGAGCUGCUCUCUGCUGGACUGGGGAAUCCCCACUGUAAACUGGAGACUCUGAGACUCAGUGGCUGUAAACUCACAGACACAUCCUGUAAAGUGUUGGCC